GCCGGAAUUAUUGCCGUUGAUCCUCACCACAUAUCGCUCGGCUUUUUUCUUCACAUAACAUUUCACCGCAUUUUCAUACUAUAAUGAUGGCGUUUUCGGGUUUCAAAGACAUCUUCCAAAAGCAAAAGACCUUUCGACCGAAAAAGAAAUUCGCUCCCGACACUAUACGCUAUCAUCUACACAAGCAAGCCGAGGCCUCUCUCAGUGCUGGUAUUGAUUUGCGUGAAGCGGUGAAAUGUCCAGACGAUGAAGAACUCAAUGACUGGAUCGCCGUGCAUGUUGUGGACUUUUAUAAUAGAAUCAACCUCAUAUACGGAACAAUAUGUGAUCGAUGCACCGAACAGACCUGUCCCACCAUGUCUGGGGGUAAGAAAUUUGAAUAUCACUGGAGGGACAACGUGCGUUAUAAGAAGCCAACUCCUUUGCCGGCGCCCAAAUAUAUUGAUCUCUUGAUGGAUUGGAUUGACUUGCAAAUAAAUGAUAAUUCGAUUUUCCCCACCGAUGUCGGUGUUCCGUUUCCAAAAUGCUACAUACCGACUGUGAAAAAGAUUUUUGGCCGACUAUUUCGUGUGUUUGUCCAUGUGUACAUCCAUCAUUUUGACCGACUGCAUGAAAUCGGGGCGGAAGCCCAUGUGAAUAUGUGUUACAAACACUUUUACUACUUUAUAACUUAUUUUAAUUUAAUUGACGCAAAGGAGCUGGAACCACUGAAGGAAUUAACAGUGAGAAUUUGCCACUGACGCUUCGACGUAAUUCCGAUUCUUUCCCUGGGUUGUUAUCGACCUCAGGGACGAUUCCUUGCAUUGAAAAUGCCCACCAUUUGCAUUUCCGUAUAUUUAUUUUGCUUUCUCGACGAUGGAUCCCAUGUACAUUUUCUCUUGGUCCCACUUUUCCUUAGAUGCUUUUCGUUUCACUUUUCUCCAUCCCUACUGAUCGCUCCCUAUCUUCGUGUGAACUUAUCUACCGUACUCCGACCCCGAAAUGUCAUUCCUGGUGCUCUGUAACCGCCCUCUUUGUAACUUUCCUGUCUGCUACGUUACAAUCGUGCUUAUUAGGAAGUUUUUUUCGGUAACGUCAUGUAAAUUGCGAUAUUUGUACAACUGACCUCUCCUCUUCGACAGUGCCCAUCCGUUCACCAUUCAGUUUUUCCCUCAAAUUUUCUCUUAACUGCCAGUUUAUUUUUGUUGCCUGUGUAUCUUUAACGCACGCUCCGAUUUACUUUUUGUUUCUUCACAUACUUCCGUGCCGUGCGACGAGCUAUCACAAGCUACCUGGAUUGUCUUGUUUCAAUUGGUGGCUGCCACUGCCAGCGUGCACAAUAUCCACGGCCUUCCGAAAUGCGGAUGCGGAAUCACUGUGUUUCACUCUCCUCUCAUGGAUUGAUUUUAUUUGACUUAGGCUGAGUCAACUAUGGCUCUCAUCUCAUUUUUGCGGCGAAACUAAACACCCGCUUGUGCUAGCACACAGCAUGUAUUCAUCAAUGGGACACAUGAUUUUGGUGAAAAUCGUGGAUUGUCAAGCUGUUCGCUC